AUGGCGGACCUCGUGCUCGGUUUGGCCAAGACGGCGGUGGAGGGGACGGUGGCCAUCGCCAGGACCGCCAUCGAGGAGGAGGACAAGCUGCAGAAGAGCGUGAAGCGCGACCUGAUCCUCAUCUCCGACGAGCUCGAGAUGAUGAACUCCUUCCUCAACGUCGCCAGGGACCGCGUCACCGACGACGUGACGGGGACCUUGGUGCGGCAGGUCCGCAACAUGGCCCUGGACGUGGAGGACUGCAUCGAGUCCGUCGUGCACCUCGACGACGACAAGACGCACUGGUGGCGCCGCUUGCUCCCGUCCUGCGUGCCGGCGGCAGCCCCUGCGGUGCAUCUGGACUCCGCCGUUGCCGACUUGGAGCUGCUCAAGGCGAGGGUGGAGGCCAUGGGUCAGCGGAACUUGCGCUACAGCCGCAUCGGCGACCCUGCUGGUUCUAAGCCUACCGGCGAUGAGCAGACGCAUCAUCGGCAGGGUGCCGCGGCCAGCACAACAGCAUCAAAAAGCAUCCUCCUUCGCUCCGCUGCAUCGAGUAGUGAACGCUUCUGUCACACUAAUCUACUCAGCUCGUUGAUCACACACUGGAGAUGUUCGUCUUGUGUCCAUCAUCAGGUGAUCUCAGUGUUCGGAACAGUUGGGGUGACGUCCGUCAUCAAGAGGGCCUAUGAAGACCAAGAAAUCUUAGAGGACUUCAGAUGCCGGGCCUGGGUGAAGCUGACGCAUCCUUUCAAUCCCCGGGAGUUUAUCAGGAGCGUGGUGGCUCAAUUCUGUAGAAACCGUGUGGACCUUGCGGUGGCUACAGAAGACGACGUCGUCAUCAAGGAAUUCAUGGAGCAAAUGAGCAGUCACAAGUACCUAGUAGUCCUUGAAGACGUCUCCAGCAUGGAUGACUGGGAGGCCGUAAGGGUCUACCUGCCACACAACAACUACGGCAGCUGCAUCGUCGUGAGCACGCAUGAGUUGGAAGUUGCAAGCCUGUGUGUCGGACAUCCAAGGGGAGUAUAUGAGCUUCAAAAGCUCUCGGCUCAUCAUUCUGUCUAUGCCAUCGCCAAGAAGGAUGCACCUGAAAGAACCGUUGACAAACUCAAAAUUGCACGAGAGUGGCUAGACAAACAUCCACUUGUUGGCCCUGAGCUGGAUUUAUUACUCCAUUUCCGUUUUAACGUGGCUCGUGGUGGGUUUGGUGGUGGUGUGUUCUCAGUGUGGGGGAUAUCUGGUGUUGGCAGAUCAUUUCUUGUCAAACACUUAUACUACGACAUGCUGACUACACUCGGGAGAUCAGAUCGGUUCAAGUACGGUUGGGUGAAUGUAUCCCGUCCAUUCGAUUUAAUGGACCUGUCAUGGAGCUUGCUUUUGGAUUUGAAUGAUGGAUCUCUCCAAGACCGCAUGUCAGUGAUGCAAGACCCAAUUCAGGAGUGCCAUGAAUAUAUGUGUAAUCAUCGAUGCGUAGUUGUUAUCGACGGUCUGCAGUCUACAGAAGAAUGGGACUUGAUAAAAAUUGCCUUGGAACUAGGAACCAGUCGACACUGCGUGGUUGUCGUUACCAGUGAAGAAAGUGUCGCCAAAUACUGCGCAACAGACAGAGACAGAGUGUGGAAUGUCAAAGGUCUAGGAGUCGAUCACGCCUUUGAAAUCAUCCAAAAGAGAUAUAAACGUCAUCACCAAGCAGCUACCGAGGACGAAAUGCAUAUCUUGCACAAGUGUGGUGGACUUCCCAAAGUCAUAUGUGCUGUAGCUGGUAUGUGCUACCAAGAAGGGUACUCUUGGAAAUCUCUCGUAAAAGAUAACUUUGUAUCCGAGUUGAAGGCCAAGCCAAGUCUAGAAGAUCUGUUUGUCUGGUUGCUUUCCUACUUCCAUUCCUGCCCAGAUUUCCUCAAGCCAUGUAUCUUCUACUUGUCAAUCUUCCCUCUGAACCACAUCAUCCGGCGGAGGCGUUUGGUGAGACGGUGGAUCGCGGAGGGAUACUCUAGAGACAGUAAAGAAAGUACUGCAGAGAAGAACGGGGAGAUGUCCUUUUCCAAGCUCGUCAACCUAAGCAUGAUCCAGGUGCCGCGAACAACAGAAAGAACAGUUGAGCAGAAGAGCAUGAGGAUGCCGUUGUGCCAAGUCAAUGGUUUCUUCCGUGAAUACAUCGUCUCACAGUCGAUGGAAGACAAUCUUGUCUUUGCACUGGAGGGCCAUUGCGACAAGAACUUGCAUCGCACAGGGCGUCACCUUGCCAUAGAGAUGAGUUGGGACAGAGACCAAAAUGUGUACGAGAGCAUCGACUUUGCACGGCUACGGUCUCUGACGGUGUUUGGUCAGUGGGAAUCAUUCUUCGUGUCCGACAAGAUGAGGCUGCUCCGGGUGCUGGAUCUGGAGGACGUGUCUUCAGGUCUAACAAAUCGUGACGUCGAGCAGAUGGUGAAGCUGCUGCCUCGCCUCAAGUUCCUCUCCUUGAGAGGAUGCAGAGAAAUCUCUCAUCUCCCAGAUUCAUUGGGUGGCCUGUGGCAGCUUCAGACUCUGGAUAUCCAAGGCACCUCCGUUACCAUGCUGCCACCAAGCAUCAUCAAGCUAGAGAAGCUGCAGUACCUUCGUGCUGGUAUCACUAAGCAUGAGCAUCAUCACCAUCAAGCUAAUACAGAAGCAGCAGAUCAGAAGCCUGCACAAUCAGCAUCGCCGAUGAGCAGAACUCUGGGGUCCUGCUUGCUGUCCAAGUUGAGCAGACACCGUCUUCUUGGUGGUAGCUCUCAUAAUGGCGUGAAGGUGCCCGGAGGGAUUGGGAAGCUUUCCGACAUGCACACGCUGGGUAUGGUCGAUAUUGGCACUGCAGGAGGGGAUGCCAUUCUAGAGGAGCUCAAGAAGCUUACACAGUUGCACAAGCUCGGAGUGUCUGGCAUCAACCGGAACAACAUCCAGAAGUUUUAUUCAGUCAUCUCAGGUCUUGCCCAUCUGGAAUCAUUGUCAUUGAGAGUGCAGGUGGACGAGGACGAUGAAGCUGGCUGGUUGGACCUGGACGACAUCUCCUUCGAACCUCUAGUGAACCUACGGAGCCUUAAACUGUACGGGCUGGUACGCAAGUUGCCAACAUGGACCAAACAGCUUAAGAAUCUCAGAAAAUUGAGUUUGCAGAUGACUAUGUUACCGAAAGAGGGUAUAGAUGAUAUCAUUGAUUCUCAAUCCCAGCUAGAUCAUAUACGUCUUUUUUUGUCAGAGUUCCAAGACGGUGAGCUCCAUUUCGGAAGAGAGUUCAUUUUCUUGGGGCUCCUCGAGAUUUCUUGCAACUCCAGGGUACAGGCUACAAUAACGUUUCACGAUAACUUUUUACUUAAGGUGCUGAGGAUUCGCUGCUGGGGUGAGUCAUCACUGCGGUUCUCUGGCCUACAGAGUUUAAAAGCUUUAGAGGAAGUCUGGCUUAGCAGUCCCUAUGAUGACGGCCUCAAGCAGCACUUGGAGAGCGAGCUUGCCGAGCGUCCGGAAGAAUGGUCUGUGUUGAGGCUGGAGGAACCUGGCUCGUGGAUCCCAUGGCUACUGACCAGCUCGUGAUGGCGGUCAUGCUCCUAGUCGUCUAAUUUGCAGGGGAAUACAAAGGCUGGUGCUGUUCUUUUCCCUUCCUAUCUCCCCAUGCUACACAUGUUGAGUCUUGUGAAUCAAGUAGGAAAAGAUGCAAGGCCUUUUCAUUAUCUCCCCAUGCUACACAUGUUGAAUCUUGUGAAUCAAGUAGGAAAAGAUGCAAGGCCUUUUCAUUAUCUCCCAUGCUGUAUCCGUAAUGGGCAGUAACCAUAAGCGCUUGAGCACUGUAAUGGACUACAUUUUCCUGCAAGUAUAUGCUUUAGUU